CGACAAAGCGAAUGGGCUUUUUUCUGAAUUACUAUGGCCCAACAGCACCAGCGUUUGAGCCCAUAGAUAAAGAAAACGUCGGCUGCUGCGUACCGUACGUGCCCAACAAACCAGCUGCCUCUUCUCCUUCACCCAAUCCCGCCGCGACCCCGAUCUCCGAUCUAACGCAACACCGCCAUUCUUUCCUUCUCUCCCUCCCUCGUCUCUCUGUGAAAAAAAGAAAACUCCACCGAGAAACAGCCAUGGCGGCGGCGGCGGCGUUCUCCCGCAGAUUCUCUUCCGCCUUCCUUAAACCCUCCUCCCAUUCUCCGAUCCCCUCCUACUUCCUCAAUCGAAAUCCCUUAAACCCUUCCUCUCUCGAUUCAACCCUCCCAAUUGGACUCUCCGCCCUAGUCGAAUCGAAAGGCUUCGAUUCUCCCCGAUCGUACUCCAUCCUCAGCUCCCGCGCUCCAAUUCAAUCUCUCCCGCCGUCCACUUUCCGAACCCCAACCUUCCCCUAUUCCUCCUCCAGCUCCCAGCCAGAAGAAGCAACAAAACCGGAAUCCGAGUACCCGAGCAAGAACCCGGAGUUCAAGCACCAGGAGAUCGAAGGCCCGACCGUGGAGCGGGACCUCUCCUCCCUCGCCAACGAGACCAGAGCCGUGCUCGAGCGGAUGAUGAAGAACAUCGAUUCUCUGAGCAGGGCGAUGGCCGGGCUGGGCCUGAUCCAGCUCGGGAUCGGGUCCUGGAUCUCGUACGUCACCAGGGGGACGCCGAUCGUGGAAGUUUCGGUCCAGAGCGGGGUGGCUUUCGGGUUCCCGUUUGCGCUGGCGUUCAUGUUGAGGCAGUCGCUGAAGCCCAUGUACUUCUUCAAGAAGAUGGAGGAGCUGGGGAGGCUUCAGAUCUUGACGCUGGCGCUCCAGGUGGUGAAGAAUUUGAACGUGUUCUUGGUUAGGGCUCGCGGAGCUACCAUCUUGUGCGCUGUUGGGAUGGGUGUGGGAAUGGGGUUCGCUUUGUACCCGAGGUUGUUGGCGUGAAGCAAUGGAGGUAGCUUGGUAGGAAAGUUUUCUCCAUUUGGGUUUGGGAUUUUGGCAUUCUACUACGUACUGUCAAUGUGCUUAGAUUUUAAUACAACAGUUGAUUGAAUGAUCACACCGCAUGACUUCUACCGUCCAGCUGAGGUUAGAGUUUUGCACAUUCGCAAUGUAAAGGCCUUCGGCUUAAUCCGAAUUGCUGGCAAUUUGACUAUAGUUCGAACACAUCGAAUCUUGCGUUUAUCAUGAUUUGAACGAACGACGCACAACCUUUUUCUAUAACGAAAUCCAUAACAUGAUGUCACGCAUCGAGUUGUCUUCUGAGUUAACCACGUUAUUCAUAACUUAAAAUGAUGUUACGAAAAUGUUAACCAAUGAAUUUUCGAAAUGUUC